ACUUAAAAAUAGAAAAGAAUUCAAAGGCUAUCCUUGACCACAUAUAGAGGAUCGUCAACUCUCUAUAAAGCCCGGAGUCAAAGAUUCAAAGGCCUUUUGGAUCACUUUGAACCCCCACUCACCUCAAGCGCUCAAACAAUGAUUCCAAAAGAUGAAAAAGUUUAUAAAAGAGCGAAUCUUUCUUUCAUUCUAACUCCCAUGCACAAAGUAUUCAUGAAGAACAUUUGAUACACUUUAAUAAACUUUAACGUCUAAUGAUGAAAAUAUUUUGCAGAUGAUGACAUCGACGACACCGACCUCGGACUCUUUGUCCAAAUAUUUAAGAAGAUGAUGCUCAAGAAGGGAGCCAAGAAGAACACUCCACUCAAGUGCUAUGUGUGUGGUGAAAUUGGGCACAUCAAACCAAUGUGUCCGAAGCUCAAGAACAAGAAGGACAAGAGGGCACCGAAGAAGCAACGUGCCUACAUUUCAUGGGAAAAUGACGGCUCCGGGAGUGAAGACUCAGAAAUGGAGGAAGUGGCCAACUUGUGUCUCAUGGCCAUUGAGGAUGGUGAAACAUCAAAAGAGGGUUCAAAACCCAAUCAAUCUGAAAUCGAUGACCUUACAACUGGUGGUAAUACGACCACUGACAAAAGUCAUGAUGAGGAUCGAUGGAACAAAGAUGAUGAAGCUGAGAGCGAUGAACUUGAAGAUGUAUACAGUGAUGAUCAGCAUUAAAGCUUUUGAUUUUGUGAUUCACUUCGACCAAGACACCCAUGAUGGCUAGAUUUUUGAGAUUCUUAGCGUUCUGACAUUCUCGCGCAAGUUUUGUCUAAGCUUCGUUCUUCGGGGUUGAUAAAUGUUGUGACAAUUCAUGAAUCUCAUAUCCCGGUUAAUUAUAUUAAAGCUUUCUACUCCGAUAUGACUUUCAAGCGUAGAAAUCAUCAAUAUGUGAUUAUUUCUAAGUUUUGUGGUAAAGAGGUUACUAUUUCUAGUGGUGAAUUGAAUGAGAUGUUUGGCAUGGAGAAUAGUAACAAGGAGCUCACUACCCAAAAUAAUGAUCAAAACCCGUGGUAUAAUUUUGAUGAACAAAAGUGUUGGGAAGUGAUGAAUUUUCGACCCAAAUUCAAUGAAUCUGGACGGCCCAA